AAGGGGCGGGGUUCAAUGACCGGAAGUGAAGCCAAACCGGAAGUUGUGCCCGGCGCACACGUGGGGGCGCAAUGGGGAUCGGGGGCAAAAUCAACCGGCCCCGAACGGAGCUGCGCAAGAAGCUCUUCAAGCGGCGGCGGGAGCUGGCGCGGGGGCGGCGGCAGAAGCGGCGGUCGGUCUCGUCGGUGCCGGCCCCGCUCUGGGGGAAGCGGCGGCGGAAGGAGCUGAAGCGGCUGCGGGGGGCGGCCAAGAGGGCGCUGGAGGCGGCCGUGACCGAAGCGAAGAGGCCGCAGAAGGAGAAGGAGACCGGGACGGGGACAGGGGACAGCGGCGGCGACGUGGAGAUGGCGGAGGUGGCACCGGGACCGGAGUGACCCCUCCGGUGCCACCAGUUCAUCCAGCUGGCGUCACCUGUCCCUCCCCGGUGUCCCCAACACGUCACCACUGUCCCGUCGCUGUUCCCGGUGUCCCCGACAUGUCACCAGUGUCCCCAGGCGCUGUCCCCAGUCCCCCACCAGUGUCCCCAGCAAUAAACUCGCUCUGCUCUG